AUGUGUCGAGAUUAUCAUGGGAAAUUAAAAGCGUCAAAGGAUCACGUUAUUGAAUCAUUUGAACAACCGAAAUUAGAUAAAAUUAAAGGCAAUAGUCUGGACGAUGUCAGUGAAGAAUGCAAAGAUCACAAAAAAGAUACCACAUUGUUUUGUAAACCAUGCAAUCUUUGGCUAUGUAGUGAUUGUUCAGAGAAAUCACACCGUCAACACGGUGUUCAAAAUCUAGCAAUGCUAAUUCAGUCGAAGAAAAAGAUGGUACUGUGUAGAACUGCAUGCUUAAAAUCUAGGAUUUCAGUUCUUGGUAAUGUGGUGGAAUUGAUUAAACAAGAAGAAAAUAAGUGUUACAAACACUGCAAUAUAGUGAAAACUGAAGUAAGAGCCCAUGCUGAAUGUUUGAAGUCUAUCCUGUGUGAUACAAUCGACAUUCUAACAAACAAAAAUUUGGAUAUAAUAGACAAUAUUAAGAAAAAAGAUUUGAAAGUUCUUUCAAUUUAUUUGACGGAAACAGAGACUGAGCAAUUGUCAUUAGCGGGUCUUGUCAAAACUACAGACGAUUUCGUGAACAAGUCUCCAGAUAAAAAGUUUUGGAGAGAAUUCCCUGAUAUUGGUAAACAUCUCGAUAAGGUCCUAAAGAAACCCGAAAAAGUCUUACGAUCAUUGCACAAUAUAAGAUAUGAACGGGGAGAAUAUAAUGAAGCUAAGAUAGAAGAGUUGUUCGGAAAAGUGACCUCAAAAACUUUAGGAACCGUCAUUAAGCCUGUUUACCCGUCAAUUGCACUUCCUGAAAUAUUGUCAAAAGCAAACAAGUUAUCUUGUUUCAAGCUUUUAAAUAAAGAUGUUACUGACAUGCUUCCCGCAAAAGAUGGUACUGUUUUGAUAUUGACAGAGACAUUGCUUUAUAAGUAUAAUUAUGAAGGAAAAGUGUGCUUAAGUUAUUCUCCUCCAGCUAACAUUGAUAGAGUUUUAAAAAAUACAAGAAACGAACUUUUAUUUUGGGGUAAACAGUGUGCAAUGAAACAAAGAGGUACAACUUAUAAGGAAUGUUAUAAAGUUUCGUUCGAAAACGGUUUGGCGGGUACUUUAACUCACAAUGAAAACUUACUGGUUUAUAAUACAGAUGAUAAUCUGAUAUAUGAGGUAUCAGACGAAGAUGGUAUUCAAAAUAAAAUUAGAAUUGAAGAUCCUGAAAACAAAUUACCAGGGUCCAACUUAAUAUCUGGAUCUCGCUUUAGAAUUAAACAAACAAAAAAGAAACUCAAUCUUGCUAUGACGUGGUGUAAAAACAUCGUUGUUAUCACCAAUAAAAAUGGAAUUAUCCUCAAUGUUUUUCAAAGAAAAGACGCAGAGUUUGAAGCUAUAACAACAGAUAAUUAUGGCAAUAUUUUAGUAGCCGACUAUAGAAACGAUAAAAUUGAUAUUUUAUCAGAAGAUGGUAUAUUUCAACAGAACUUAUUAUAUAAUACAGGAGAUGGGGUUUACGGUACUCUACAAUUGGACGUCGAUGAAUUAGGCAAUCUUUGUGUUGUCGACUCUGGUGAGACCGAACAUGAAAAAAUUGUGACAUUUUUUUCAUAUCUGUAA